AUCCGGGGACGGAAUCAAAUUUCUCAGUGCUCGAUGACGCCAAAGGCGGCGGCGCAGGCGACCACAGUCUCUCAAUCUACACUGGACAAAUCGUUCAAUCAACAGGUAUAAUAAGAGUGGGGCAUCACAGACGACAAGCACAGGUUCUCGAGCUCGAAUCACAGGGACAUAGAUACAUCUCGCACGGUCACAUCAUGGCGUACCUCUUUUCAGGGCUUCUCAAUUGGCUCCGGUCAUUGUUCUUCGCAAAGCAUUUAGAAGUCACAAUCGUCGGCUUGCAGGCAAGUGGCAAGACAUCCCUAGUCAACGUCCUCGGUUCGGAUCAAUGGUCAGAAGAUGUCGUUCCGACCGUGGCGUUCAACAUGAGGACAGUGAGGAAAGGGAAUGUUACGAUGAAAGUGUGGGAUGUAGCUGGUCAGCCAAAGUUCAGAGGGAUGUGGGACCGGUAUUGCAGAGGCGCAGAUGCGAUCAUAUACGUCGUUGAUGCAGCUGAUUCCAAAUCCAUACCUACCGCCACGUCCGAGCUCCACGCUCUCAUCGCCCUUCCCGCCCUCGCUACCGUUCCAUUAUUGGUCUUGGCCAAUAAGAACGACUUGCCAGAAGCCAUCAGUGUAGAUGCUCUUAUAAAGGAGAUGAGAUUGAGCGAGAUAAGAGGCAGGGCAGUGUCUUGUUAUUCGACCAGUAACAAGACGAAACACAAUCUUGAUAUUGUUCUUGCCUGGCUCACUCAGAGGGCUCAUUGAGGAGGCGAAAUUCAUUUUUUCGAGAGUAGCAGGCGGGGGUAUCACUUGCUUCAUGUUGUAACUGGGAAGUGUUGAUGCGGGACGAGUCAUGCUCGAACUCAUUUAUAGUGCUCUGUACAAGAUACAUCGCCUGAUCACGAAGUCCAGCUGUACGAGACCCAGGACACAUGCUAUUGCUCAGGUGUGCCUCACAGGCUUCGGAUUCCCUACACUUCCUCGUUCACAGCGGUUGUCUGUUUGUGAGCAUCAGAAUGCAUGUACCGG